CCAAGUGUUGCGUUGUGUGUUCUAUUUCUUUUGUAGAUUAUUAGUAGUGGUUUAGUUUAGAAUAUAGAUUAUUUAUAUAUUUAUGUAGAGACAUGCAUGUUUCGUAAUGUAGUUCUUAUUUUAUAACACUUUACCGGAAUGUAGGCUAGUUUUAAGUAUGUAUCUUAGAUUACUAAUUUGAUUUAAUAAUGUAGAAUGCGCACACAUAUAUAUAUGUUUCUGACAAUGUAACUUUUAUUUCUUUAAUAAUACAAUAUUGUAUGUUUUAUGUAUUCGUUAGACUAUUAGUUUUUGACUUCAUAUAUACUUAUAUUUCAUAAAUUGAUAAUAUUGUAUUUGUUGCAUAGUAUUGGAAGUACUGUCUCUAAUAUUUACUAGUUUAUUACAUGUCUGGCAUAUAUGUUUAUACUUAUAUGUAACUCUCCAAGUUGAUUGAUUAAAAUAUAUUUAUAUAUACAUGUAUUCCUGGCGUUUCAAUUAUUUCCCCUUUUGUAGUUAUUCUUAUUUCCUGGUUUAUUUGUUUGGUUCGUAACUCGUUCAAUCCAUUAACUGGUUCUAUUUAUUUUAUUUUAUACUAGUUGGAUUUAUAUUAUAUUGAACCACAAGUUUUCAAAUUGCAAGUCGGUUAUUGGUAGGUUUAUUUAGAGUUGUGUGUAUAUGUGUUUUGUUUAUUGGUUGGAUCUAUUAGUCGCCCUCGUUUUGUUAAUCCUUCCUUUAGUUUCGUAGCGCCGUGUGUUCGUUUGUGCAUUCAAAUCCUUAUUCGCGCGUUUUGUAUAGAAUGGUUUUCUUGUUCUUGUUACGGCGCGUGCGGAGCGCCUGACGUGACACCCCCGCCCUUGGAGUUCAAAUUUCCAAAGGAAAUUUGACUGGUGGUGUCUCUGAGUUCGCUCAAGGCGGACGUAGAUGUCGUUGGUUGUUGAGUGACUACCGGUGUUAUCGAUAUCCCUUGAGGUUGUGAUGUUUGAUCAUCGAUAUUUCGUCUUCCUUUGAGGUAUAGGAGCAGGUGGGUGACUGAUCCGCAUAUUGCUCCUAAUAGGGCGAUUCCACAUCCGUAAGUUUCACGUAACUGGUAUCCGUAUAUGGCUAUAUCUAUUAUCGUCUUGAUUAAUUUAAACAUUACGAGUAUUCCAAAUAUUGCUGCACUGACAGUUCCAAAUUCCAUGAAAUCAGUCCAUAAGCUUGAUACGGUAUUUUUCGCUAUUGUCGUUAAUGUGUUUUCGUCCAUCAUUCCCAGGAUGUUUACUGUUCCAGGGACGAUUGUUUUUCCUGUCGCUCCUCUGGCCAAUGUGUUCAAGACUGCAGAUUUUUCUGCCGGGAACAUGACGUGGUCCCGUAGUGCGUCGAGGUCUUUUUGGGUAUAUAUUCCGCUCGUGGCCAACGACGAUGGUGCUGAAUAUCGCCACGUUUGGCGCACGUCCGGGCGGAGUUCCUGUGGUGUGAUUCCCUUGCCAAACGGAUAGCUCCGAGUAGCAUUCUGUUGUAUGUCGUACCUUUACUUGUACCGGAAUGCAUUCGACUAUAUGGACCGCUUCUCCUGUGAUCAGAGCCAUGUGUCCUGGGUUUUGGUUAUGGUGUAUGCAAAUUCGUCGGGCGGUUUUACGUACAUGUUAUCAGUGAAAAUAAAUAUUAUGAAUGCUACUUGGGUUAUAAUUAUAUACAUAUAUGCAUACGUAUUGGUGGAUAGCAAAAGUAUUUGGUUUCGUGGGUGGCGUACAGGUGCCUUACAGUUCUACGGUGCGGAUUGCUAUUCCUUGGACUAAAAAAAUUUCUUUCGAGAUGAGUCAGAUUAUUGUAACGAUCAUGCAUGGGAGGAUUUUCUGCAGAGAUUCAAAAUGCUCUCUGGAUUCCUCGUGAAACGUCUGGACAACACUUACAUGU